GAGUGUCCCCCGCGGUCGCCCAGCGCCCGCAAGCGGCAGCCUCUCCUUGCCCGGGUCUCCACGCCCGGCGCAGUCCUCCUCGGGCGGGCGCCUCCGCACCUCUGCGAGGCGGCACGGCCCUUGGGCCGGGAUGGAACGACCGGGAAGAGGAAGACAAGCCGGGGCAUUGAGCCCCUGCGCACGGGACCGCGCGUAGUGGGAGCUUGCGCGCAGUAGGCUCUCGCUCUUCUAAUCAAUGGAUAAAGUGGGGAAGAUGUGGAACAACUUGAAACACAGGUGCCAGGCUCUGUUCAGCCAUGAAGGAGGAAGCCGCAGCGAGACUGUGGACAUGAACUCCAGCAGGUGUCUGUCUGUCAGCGAGAAAAGCAUCCAUCUGGGCGAGCCCGCUCCCCAGCAACAGAGCAGUCCCUUAAGAGAAAAUGUUGCCUUACAGCUGGGACUGAGCCCUUCAAAGACCUUUUCAAGACGAAACCAGAACUGUGCCGCAGAGAUCCCUCAGGUUGUUGAGAUGAGCAUCGAGAAGGACAGUGACUCGUGUGCCACCCCAGGAACAAGGCUCGCACGAAGAGACUCCUACUCUCGACAUGCGCCAUGGGGGGGGAAGAAGAAACAUUCCUGCUCCACAAAGACCCAGAGCUCACUGGAUACUGAGAAGAAGUUUGGUAGAACUCGGAGCGGCCUUCAGAGGCGAGAGCGGCGCUAUGGUGUCAGCUCUAUGCAUGACAUGGACAGUGUAUCCAGCCGGGCAGUCGGGAGCCGCUCUCUGAGGCAGAGGCUCCAGGACACUGUGGGUUUGUGUUUCCCCAUGAGAACUUACAGCAAGCAGUCAAAGCCUCUGUUUUCCAAUAAGAGAAAAAUUCAUCUUUCUGAAUUAAUGCUGGAAAAAUGCCCUUUUCCUGCUGGCUCAGAUUUAGCACAAAAGUGGCAUUUGAUUAAACAGCAUACAGCUCCUGUGAGCCCACAUUCAACAUUUUUUGAUACAUUUGAUCCUUCACUGGUGUCUACAGAAGAUGAAGAGGAUAGGCUCCGAGAGAGAAGACGGCUUAGUAUCGAAGAAGGGGUGGACCCCCCUCCCAAUGCACAAAUACACACAUUUGAAGCUACUGCACAGGUCAAUCCAUUGUAUAAACUGGGACCAAAGUUAGCCCCUGGGAUGACGGAAGUAAGUGGAGAUGGUUCUGCAGUUCCACAAACGAAUUGUGACUCAGAAGAGGAUUCAACCACCCUGUGUCUGCAAUCACGGAGGCAGAAGCAGCGUCAGGUGUCUGGGGACAGCCACUCACACGUUAGCAGACAGGGAGCUUGGAAAGUUCAUACGCAGAUCGAUUACAUACACUGCCUUGUGCCAGAUUUGCUUCAGAUCACAGGGAAUCCCUGUUACUGGGGUGUGAUGGACCGGUACGAAGCAGAAGCCCUUCUGGAAGGGAAACCUGAAGGCACGUUUUUGCUCAGGGACUCUGCGCAGGAGGACUACCUCUUCUCCGUGAGCUUCCGCCGCUACAACAGAUCUCUGCACGCCCGAAUCGAACAGUGGAACCACAACUUUAGCUUCGAUGCCCACGACCCCUGUGUGUUCCACUCCUCCACUGUCACUGGGCUUCUAGAACACUAUAAAGACCCCAGCUCUUGCAUGUUUUUUGAACCAUUGCUUACGAUAUCACUGAAUAGGACUUUUCCUUUCAGCCUGCAGUAUAUCUGCCGGGCGGUGAUCUGCAGGUGCACUACCUAUGAUGGGAUCGGUGGGCUCCCUCUGCCGUCAGUGUUACAGGAUUUUUUAAAAGAGUAUCAUUAUAAACAGAAAGUUAGGGUUCGCUGGUUAGAGCGAGAACCAGUCAAGGCAAAGUAACCCCUGUCCCCAAAGGGCAUUACCUAGGUCUGUUCUCGUGUGCAUCAGACAGUACAGCCAUAGGAAGCACAGAGUCAGCUGCUAGGAGUUUUCACCCAGAAUGUGAGCUUAGUCGUUAGCCUCUAUCCAAUGGGGUCUUCUGUUACACAGACAAAGGUGCCUAGAAACAGCAGAUGGUUUGCAGGAGUCCGGGCUGGGAAACACAGCUAGUUAACAAGCAGUUUGGUUUUAAAUGGCUCUGACGACCGAGUGAGGCAUUUAAAUGGCUCUGGGGCAUUUGCUAUGAAGAGUUCUAUUUCUUACUGAAGAACAAAUUAUUAAUAUUGGAUGGGUAUUUCAACAGUGUGACUAAUGUUUGAAAUUAUUUUUUCUAAGAAUUUUUCUAUAACCUUCCAAAAGUAGUGAUGUUUGUAGUUAACUAUAAAUCAAGCUUUGAAAGUCCAAAACAAAUAAGUAAAGAAAAGACUGCCUGCCUUUUCGAGAAAAAAAAAAAAUGCGGUUUUUCUGGUCAUAGGGCAUUGUGCAGUGUCAAUGUGGUUUAUGGCUAGUCUCCUGUUCUCCUCAGAGAAAGAGACUCACAAGUAAACCAAGGUCUCUAAGAUGUUCUUAAAACUUCAGACCUAAAGGUUAGUGUAGAGUCUUGUUUCAAACCCUCAGUAUUCAUUGUGGUGAGUGCUGUAACUCCAAACAGGCACACAGUUGGAGUUUCAAGGGUUUUUUUUUUUUCUAAGUUGACAUGAGCAGUCCACACAUUGUUUCAUCAAAAUUGGAUCUUUUCCUGUGCCCUUGAGUUUGUGAACCUGGAGGGAAAUGAGACUAGAAGAUGCCCAAAUAUAUCAGAUAAUAGUGACUCCACUGGUUGCUGAUGUCAAGUUAUGUUAAACUAUAAUUAAUCAUUUGGACGGCAGUAUUUAUCUCUUUGUUGUAUGCUCAUAGCUGAAUUACUUAAGUACAAUUUAUAGCAUUUUAGUGCAGUUAAUUCUUCACAGAAAACCUAAAUUGCAGAUUUAAAAGGUACUGUACAACCAUGAUGUCUGUAAAUAACGUCACUUGGCACCUUUUGUCACUUAGAAUAGUAUGUAACACAAUUUGAGUGAACGCUUUGGGAAGUAUUGUCAGAUUCUAGUGUUGCUUCUCAGUGUUGGACUGAGUUCUCGGCUCUGUCCUAGACAUUUGCACUACAGUAACCAAGUCCAUUCUUGUUGUCUGUGACUGCUCUGUACCCGCUGGUGAGCACUCCUGGGGUCCACGCCAGCUGCUGCAAAGGCUAUUUUAUACCCCUCUGGCUAUCACCAGGGCUACUGAAAAGAAACGCUAUGUUUGUAUGCAGCACUGACCCUUUGACUGCUAGCGUCUGUCUCUGCUUGCUGUGCCUUGUUCUGGCUGCUUUCUUGUGCUAAUAAAGUAUGUUUGGUGUUCGCCUUGUAUAUCUGCUGCUUUAUACAUUUGCCACAGUUUCUCUUGUACAUGAAAUGGUUUGGGGUUUUAAAAUAAGCAUUACCUGGCAACUUGCUGUAGUUAAUGCAGACUCAUCUACAACCUAAUAUUGACCUGUCAGAAUAAGCUAAAUCUAAAGUGAAUGCUCUCUAGCGCUCUAACCUUAAUCCAUUCUGUGGAAGUGUCUGUAGUUAACUGCAAAUUGGUGUACAGUUUACGACAGAAAACCCAGGAGUGAGAAACCCUGGCGAUUUCUCUGUUGCUAGUAAAAGACUGGAGCUGGUGGUAGCAUUAGCAGAGGAACAUUAGUGCAUCCAGCUGCAUCAGAAACAGGUUACAUGAAGUCUGUGAACCGGGACACAGCACCAUUUAGCGGUUUAGGGACCAUUUUAAUUGAUGAUAAAUGCCCAAAAUGUGGACCUCUAACCAAAGACUUGUCCAUUUUAAUGCAAAACGGGGAUUGAAGGAACUUAGAUUUUUCUGUUACUUGUAGUAGAAAUCCCUGAGGAACAUAUACCAAAGUGUUUGAGAACUUCAUCCAAACCUACUUUCAAAGCAUAAUGUGCAAUUUAGUUGUCAUGACAUAAUCGUAUUGCAUAAUUGUUGGGUCUGUUUUCUUGAGCUUACACUGUACCUGGAAAGUAAACCUCUUGAGGAAAGAGCAGUCCAUGCUGAGUGUUGGAGAGAACUGUGAGCGAGUGACGCCGUGAAGAGCACGGAACUCGGAGAAAGACUUGACGGUUUUUCUAUGCGUGGAGCAAACUGAUGUUCUCACGAGAGUUUUAUAGAAAAUAUUAAUGCUUUUAUGUAUUUCAGAACUUCUGUGUUAUUAUGCAAAAUGUUUUAAGUGUAUGACUUGAGUUUGUGUAAGCAUGUGUUACACUGUGCUAAAAGGCACGUUUCAGUUUAUGUACAAUAUAAAUAUGCAACUUUGGGGUUAAAUUUUUUGUUAAAAUAUUAGUAACUUACAUUUAAAAAAAAAUCACCAGCAUGAAAGUACACCAAAGUCUUUCUUCACUGUUUAUUUUCUGAAUCCCAUUGUAGCCUUUUGACGACGUUCAUGUUUUUAUGUUGUGGGGAUGGCACAUUUUAUUCCAAAUCAAGAAAUGCUUCAGAAGGUGUACAUUUUUACAUGAAGGGAGUGGAUAUAAUUACAUUAAGGGGGAUGCUUCAGUUCAUGUCCUCAUUCUUCAUUCCCUUCUCCCUUCCCUUCCACCCUUCCUCCCCUCUCUCUGUGUAUACAGUAUACAUACUUACAUGCACUAUAAUAUGCAUUUAUACAGAUGCAUGUUUCAACACUUACAGUGGUGAUAUUUUAAACAAUGAUAUUGCCAUCUAAUUUAAGAUCGUUUAUUCUGUAGAUCCUGAGUAUUGUACCAUUCAGAUUUUGUUAUUUUCCAUAAAGUUUGGCCAUGGCACCGUUGUCUUUUCUAUAAUACAAUCACUUCCCAGAGAGAGAAUUUGUUAGUAUUUUAUUUUCUGGCUUGAAACAGUAAAAAAAAAAAAAAAAAAAUUAAAGAAAUAGUUGCUUUAAAUACAACUGUAAGUCAAAACUAAAUUUAUAGUCUUAGAUAAAAUAUUGAGCCCAAAUCAUCCUCUACAAACCCAUCUAUUCUUACAUCAUUAGACAUUUUGAUGGCUGACAGUAGCUGGAUAAAAAAUGUACUUGAAUUUUAAGCUUCAGUUUGGCCAAAUUCAAGGUUUAUAAUUUUUUUUAACAUUUUGUUAUGGUUGCUAUUCUCCUCUUAAAACUGCUUUGCUUCCUGGCACUGUCACUAGCCUGGUGAUGUUUUUUAUUAAGGCUGGCCCUAAAUCCUAUUUAUAGAAAAUAGCAAAACAACAACAACAAAAAAAAACUUUUGGGAGAGUCCUGGCCUUUGAGUGAGUCAGAACCAGAGCAGAUGCGGCUCUGAGAGUGUUCACCUAAGACCAGUCACACAGGCUUGUUCACGUACACCAUACUCCAGUGUGUGUCUUUGGAUUACGUCAAACAGUGAAAAUGUGCACACAGGCUGACUUGAUCCAGAGAAGGGAGAAUGUUAGGUACCAGAGAGAACUGGGAAUGGGGAGAGGGACGGGGAUAUCGCCAAUAUGAGAGGGUGGGGUUUUCUCCUACUGUAAGAGCAGCCAUGGAAGAGAAUGGAGAGUGCUCCAAGGAGUCCGGAGUGAGAUUUCUGUGGGAGGUGAUGGGUGGAUUGCAGGCAGCAUAGCGUCUGCCUUACCAAGGCUUGCGUCCGUUGAGGCAGGUGUUUUCAGGCCUGAGAAUCUUGACUAAAUACCUCAGCCAUUCUUUCAUCAGUGUUCACCGAUGGCUCGUGUACCAGUCGUCAUAAUGGGUAGAUAUCAAAAUACAAGGUAAACUACUGUCUUCUGGAGCUUCCUGCUUGUUAGCAGGGAAGACAGAGAAGAGAUAGAGUCUCAGAAACCAAGCAGGCUGAGGCAGAACUGAGAGGAGAGUCUGGUGUUUAUAGGAUCACUGAGGAAUAAUAACCUUGAAUGAUGGGAUAAAAAAUACCAAAGCAUCCUAGAUGAAGAGAAAAUAAAACCUAUUUUCCCAAAGCAGGAGUGAAUUCACAUGCAGAGAAAACAUCCACAAAUUGGCUGGGAAAAUGUAAGACACUGAAGUUGGCAAAAUCCUGACUAUUUAGGGCUAUACGCUUAAGGAAUUUAGAUUUUCUCUGGACAUGAGGGAUCCUGGGCAGGGGAGUUGGCAUGGUCUGCUUUCCAUUGCUUUGGUGGAUGGAGAACUGGCAGUGGGAAGAUGAGGAUUUUAUUAGGUUUGACUGAGGAACCCUGGGAGGCUUGGUGAUUGUGGCUGGAAGUCAGGGUGUAUUUUGGUGACAAAACAAUUUGGUGUUGGGAGAGGAAAUGACUCAGGCUUUGAUAGGAACGAGGACGAUGACACCGUUGGC